GAAUCUGUGCCGCGUCGUGGCGCUGGCGGAGCCGGAAACGUCGGGAAAGCUCCUGCUUCUCCUUUCUCCCGCUUCUGGAAGGCCACCAAUCGCUCGCUGCUCCGCUUAUCUGAAUCUUCUCCUCGCCCUUCUCCUCUUGAUGCGGUCGAUCUCAGCUUCGGUUCCCAUCACAUAGAGCCACUUGCGUUGCGAUUGGAUCGGGGGUUUCUCCCGUUCCUGGAUAGCUCGCGGAAUCGGGUGGGGGAAUGGCGAUGGGCACGCUGGUCUCCGGGAGAGGAUUCGGCUCAUCUGCUGUGCCGGGAACUCCAUAUCAAGUUAAGUGUGGUAGAGCUCAUUAUAAGAAGAUAUAUUCCAAGUUAUGUGGAGAUCAAUCUGCAUGGGCUGGUGGCUUCAUUUUGUUCCUGCAAAGAGAAAGUUGUUAUUUGUCGAGAUCUAUCUUAUUUCCUGUUACUUCUUGUUCACUUUCCAAGAAUACCAUGAUUGCUGGAAAUGCCUUCCUUGGGGAGGUGGCACAUCCACCGCCAUGCUAUUUAGGUAAUUGCUCAAAUGCAUGUCUGACUAAUAUCAGUUUCAGGCAGAGAUUUCCAGCAAGAACAAAUUGUUUUGUUUCUUCACAUGGUCUCCAACUAAUGCGGAGGAGAAAACUUGAGAAUAUUGGAAUAUCUAAUGAUCUUCAUGAUCAAUUAGUAUCACAUUUGCCUACUAGAACACGCGCAAACUUCAAAUCUGAGCAGUAUGAGGUGCCAGAGUCACAGCUUGAUUCACUAACUUCUUCAGAAGCAUCCAGCGAAGCAGUUUUAAUUGGUCCAAAUGUUACAGAAGUAUCUCCUUGGUGGAAACAGUUCCCUAAACGUUGGGUGAUUGUGCUAUUGUGCUUCUUUUCGUUUCUACUUUGCAAUAUGGACCGAGUCAACAUGAGCAUCGCUAUCCUUCCAAUGGCAGCAGAGUUUAAUUGGAAUUCAGCAACUAUGGGCCUAAUUCAGUCAUCAUUUUUCUGGGGUUACCUACUUACCCAGAUUGUUGGUGGCAUCUGGGCAGAUAAAAUUGGUGGUAAACUGGUUUUAGGCUUUGGUGUUGUUUGGUGGUCUAUGGCAACAAUUCUAACUCCAAUUGCUGCUAAGAUUGGACUUCCAUUUUUGUUAGUUAUGCGUGCUUUCAUGGGAAUUGGUGAGGGAGUUGCUAUGCCUGCAAUGAAUAACAUACUUUCCAAAUGGAUUCCUGUAUCCGAGAGAAGCAGAUCUCUUGCACUGGUCUACAGUGGAAUGUACCUUGGUUCUGUCACUGGCUUGGCUCUUUCACCAGUUUUAAUUCAUAAGUUUGGAUGGCCUUCUGUUUUCUAUGCAUUUGGAUCACUUGGAAGUAUUUGGUUUGCUUUGUGGAAUGCUAAUGCACAUAGUUCUCCCAAGGAAGACCCACAGCUUAGUGAAGAUGAAAGUAAGCUUAUCCUUGGAGGAAGUGUCUCAAAGGAGCCUGUCUCUUCCAUUCCAUGGAAAUUAAUCUUAUCAAAGGCUCCAGUGUGGGCCCUAAUAAUAUCCCAUUUUUGUCAUAACUGGGGCACCUUUAUCCUCUUGACAUGGAUGCCUACUUAUUAUAAUCAGGUGUUGAAGUUUAAUCUCACAGAAUCCGGUCUCUUCUGUGUCUUGCCAUGGUUAACUAUGGCGGUCUUUGCAAAUAUAGGAGGCUGGAUCGCAGAUACUCUGGUGGCAAAAGGACUUUCUAUAACCAACGUUCGUAAAAUAAUGCAGUCAAUUGGCUUCCUUGGGCCUGCUUUCUUUCUCACACAGCUAAAGAAUGCGAACAGCCCAGCCUUAGCUGUGCUAUGUAUGGCUUGCAGUCAGGGUAGUGAUGCCUUCUCCCAGUCUGGUCUAUAUUCCAAUCAUCAAGAUAUUGGCCCACGAUAUGCGGGAGUGUUGCUGGGACUAUCAAACACAGCUGGAGUUCUCGCUGGAGUCUUUGGCACUGCCGUGACCGGCUUGAUUCUACAACGAGGCUCUUGGGAUGAUGUUUUCAAGGUAGCCGUCGUCUUGUACAUCAUUGGCACUUUGGUUUGGAACUUUUUUUCCACUGGUGAGAAAAUUCUUGACUAAAGAAGAUGAGAUGCAUCGACUAUCAACUAGAAAGAAAAUAAGUCAGUCGCGCACAGAGACUAGAACCAAAGACCUCAAUUUUUGGCAGCUCAAACCCAAUCCAGCAUUUGGAAGAUGAACUCAAAGAGCCAUUCGGACAGCAAUACGAGCACAUAUUAUUGCCAAACAUCAUACUUGUGACCGAGAAGUUCUACAAUCAUGGAGGCAUAUAUUUUUUGAAUUUCUUCUUCUUAAUUAUUCUUCUUAAUUUUUUUUCUUCAAUCUCAUUGUGACAGGAAAAAGAAACAGAACAAAGAGCUUUUAAUCUAUUGCAUUAUUCUCCUGUU